AGUAUCCAGCUGCUGCAGGUAAGCUGAGCAGAAUGCAGUGCAGUCGGCCUGCUCAAGAUAACAGAGUUUAGUAAACAGGCACAUCUGGGCGUCUCUUACACAGAGUCCAGUAAACAGGCAAAUCUGGGCUUCUAACACAGUAAACAGGCACAUCUGGGCUUCUAACACAGAGUCCAGUAAACAGGCACAUCUGGGCUUCUAACACAGAGUCCAGUAAUCAGGCACAUCUGGUUAAAAUAACAGAGUCCAGUAAACAGGCACAUCUGGUUAAAAUAACACAGAGUCCAGUAAACAGGCACAUCUGGGCUUCACUAACACAUGAUGGCACAGCAGCGGCAUAUCCCUGUCACGCUAAAGAACAUGUCCAAGUUGUAAGCUGCACAGAUCCCACAUAGUUUGAGACUCAGAGAUCUGGUAUCACUGGAGAGGCAACACUUCUUCCCCAUUUUAUGUCACUACACUGUCAAUAAUAGCCUACAACACUGUCAGGUUUUGAAAAAGAUUAUGAGACUGAUUUCAUGUCAUUGAGGCCAUGUAGCCUGACAUUGAGAUUUUGACCCCAACCAAAAUGAUGAUUUGGAUGGAAAAUCAACUGUAUUUCUAUAUUUCCAUCUUGCUAUCUGGCUGUUAAAAGUGCAGCUUUUCAGGGUUACAGGACACUGCUGUGUUGCUGUCAUUUGAAGAGUUGUUCUAAAAUGUCAUGCAGUUUUCCACAUAGCUACUGUACUGUAAAUAUUCUGUAGAAUGUUGAUUUUACAACAUUCUCAUCAAACUGUUGUGAGGCACACGUUUGUCAGAAAAACUCUGGCAACAACAAAAGUCUAUUACAAAUGUAAAGAUGUCCAGUCUUUCUGCUGUUUUUAUGGCAUAAUAAUGUCAGUCUGAGUGUUACUACAGUUUCUGCCUAUGUGGAAGAAUUAAUAAGUUGAGGAAUAAUCUAGAAAUAAUAAUGAUUUAGUUAGUAAAUAGGGAAAUUCAUGACUUUGAUUAAGUGUUUACAUCACAUGAUAACCUAUCACAUAUGAUACUUCCUACUCCCUGUGUUGGAGCAGGCACAAGAAAAUUGAGUCAGAAUUAAAAUGAAACUGUUCUUGAGCAUAUCCAUCUCCUUCUUGUGUCUUUAUAAAGUGAAAAAUCCACUUCCUCAAGGAAUCCACAAACUCAGGAAUCAGGAUAUAUAGUUUACAAUGAUAUAAUCCGGUGUUUACACAAACAUAUUUAAUCGGAAUAGCUGUGUGGCAUGCAUUACAUUUCGGUGAGAAAUUCAAAAUGUGAGGCGGAAAUGGCACAAGCAGCCUAAAAAGGUUUUGUAGGCUUUUCACUCCAGUACUUGCCAUCCUCAGCAUGUUAGUUUGCCUUUCAUCUUAGUUAUGUCUAAGCUAAUUAUCUACAAAAACAUUGUGAUCCGAGACGUCUCCACCCUUAUUUAAGUGGUUGAUGUUGACAUUAAUAUAAGCCCACAGAAGGACACUCCUUUAGGAGGGCACUAUAUAUACCCUUACUGGACAGUGGUCUAGGCACAGCUUCACUCCUGGUGAAGGGUCAUCUGCAGUUGCAUCUCCAGACAGCACCACAAGCAGCAUGUACAGGAAACUGGUCUUCAUUUUGGUUCUGCUGCUGGGCCUGUCUCAGGUCCUGGCUCAAGAGGACCCAUCCAGUACAGAGGAAGUCGAUGAGGAAGUCGACAUCUCUACAAGAAUCCUGGAAGCAAACCAAGAAAUCUCUGGGUUCCUGAUGGAGGGAGACGUGGCCAUUCCAAGAGACAGGAACGCCAGGAAGUGCAGUAAUUGCAAGUGGCAGAAGUCACCAUCCGGACUUGUUGAAGUGCCGUACAAUGUUUCUGAUGCUUUUUCUGCCCAGAAGAAGGCUGUUAUUCAGAAUGCCUUGCAGACCUUCCAUGAGAAGACCUGCAUUCGUUUUGUGCCUUACGUCAAACAAAAAGACUUCAUCAGAAUUGUGUCUCGUGGCGGGUGCUACUCGUACGUUGGAAGGAAUGGCGGCGGACAAACCGUCUCGCUGAACGUGAACGGCUGUGUUUACAAAGGUGUUGUGCAGCACGAGCUCCUUCACGCCCUCGGCUUUUUCCAUGAGCAGACUAGAAGUGAUCGGGACAAGUACGUCAAGAUCAACUUUGAAAACAUCCGAGCAGGCGUUUCCCGCAACUUUAACAAGUAUGACACUAAUAACCUGAACACAGCGUAUGACUAUGGAUCCGUCAUGCACUACAGCAGAAAAGCCUUUUCAAAAAAUGGUAAUGACACCAUCACCCCGAUUCCUAACCCCGAUGUCAGGAUCGGACAGCGCAGAGAUUUGUCAGAGAUCGACAUUGUGAAGAUCAACAGGCUGUAUGAGUGUGAUGACUCCAGCAAUGUAACCAGCAGUAAUGAAACUCUGAAGGAGCUGAUCAGACGCUUGGAGGUCUCAGAGACCCAAGUGAAGAGCCUGGUCGGCCAAGUGAAGAGUCUGGUUAGCCAAGAUAAAGCUCAGGAAUUAUAUCUGACUGCAAUGGAGGCCAGACUGAGAGCCAGUGAGGACACAGUGGAUGCCCAGAGGACCCAGCUGCGGGAACUCCAGACACUCAAUGAAGGGAAUAAAGUGGCCUUUUCACUUUCACUUGAAACAACCACAGACAGGAACUCUGGACCCUAUACCACUGGAAAAACACUUAUCUACAAGCACAUCUUCAACAACGUUGGCAAUGCAUACGACCUUAAUACAGGCUUCUUCACCGCCCCUGUGAGAGGAGUGUACGAGUUCAGCCUCUCUGCUCUGAGCCGUGGCAGCAAUGUUGUCCUGGCGUUGUACCUGCGUAAGAACAGAGAGCGGGUGGUCACCCUGUACUCCACGUUCAAGAGCGAACACAACAACGUGUCUAACGGAGCGAGUCUGAUCCUAGAGAAGGGAGACGUGGUGGAUGUGUACUUGCCAGCCAACAGAAGGGUGCUGGAUAACCAAAAUCACCACACUACUUUCCGGGGACAUCUGCUCUUCCAGAUAUGCCUGUGAGCUCACACUGGACCCAAACACAGCAAACAGAUUCCUCUCUAUCUCUGAGGGGAACAGAAAGGUGACAUGGGGGAAUCAGCAGCCGUAUCCUGACCACCCAGAGAGAUUUGACUUCAUCUACUCUCAAGUGCUGUGUAGAGAGGGUCUGACUGGACGCUGCUACUGGGAGGCUGAGUGGAGUGGUGGUGAUGGGGUUUAUAUAGCAGUGGCCUAUAAGAGCACCCCGAGGACACAGAGGAGUGGGCAGAGCAGCAGGUUUGGAUUGAAUGCCAAGUCCUGGAGCCUGCACUGCUCUGGUAACAGUUACUCUGUCUGGCACAAUAGUAAGGACACUGCCAUACCUGCCCCCUCCUCCUGCUCCAGCAGAGUAGGAGUGUACCUGGACUGGCCAGCAGGCACUCUGUCCUUCUACAGCGUCUCCUCUAACACACUCACCCACCUGCACACGGUCCACUCCACAUUCACUGAGCCCCUCUAUCCUGGGUUUUGGGUUCUGUAUUCCAAUUCCUCAGUGUCCUUGCGUCAGAUCACAUGACCUCCUAAUCUUGCAGCAGAGGAGAGCCACACACACCUGUUUACACACUCCUGUGUGUGUGUGUGUGUGUGUGUGUGUGUGUGUGUGUGUGUGUGUGUGUGUGUGUGUGUGUGUGUCAUUUUCAUCCUCUGUGUUCCAUCUUCCCUCUGACUGUGUUUUCUACUCACCUCAGUUUCUCUUACUCGCUUUGUGUGUGUGAGGGGGGUUGUGUCUGUGCGGUGUUUGUUGCUCCUGCUUCCCUCCUGUGUGUGCGUGUGUGUGGUGUGUGUGUGUGUGUGUGUGUGUGUGGUGUGUGUUGCCCCUGCUCCGCUCCUGUGUGUGUGUGUGUUCCUCCUCUUGCCUCCUCUCUGUACCGGUCACUGUUCUCACUGUAUUCACUGUUCUCACUCACUCACUCACUCACUCACUCACUCACUCACUCACUCACUCACUCACUCACUCACUCACUCACACACACACACACUCACAGUCAAACACACACACACACACAUUCACACACUCACUGACACUCAAACUCAAUCACACACACAUACACACGCACACACUUACACACACACACUCACUCACUCACUCACUCACUCACACUCACACUCACAUAUUCAGACAGACACACACUCUCUCUCAUUCUCUUUCUCUCUCUGUUUCUGCUUUCUCCAUUCCUUCCUCUGUGUAGCAUCAUACCUCCUUCUGUUUCCUGGCUAUUUCUCCUGUUUCAUCCCUCCAUGUUCUUCCUCACACACACAUUUCUCUCCCCCUCUCUCUGUCGCUCCAUUUUAAUCCUGUAUUCUAUAUUUGAUCAUCUACAUGACAUGUGGUGAGCAUGUCGUAUCCAACUAGAGCAAACACACCAGACAACAAAUGAAUGGUGUGUGUUGAUGAUCUUAGAGUGACAUUUGAACUUGAACAUGGAGUGUUGUAUGUACUCUGAAGAGCGUUUUUUCUCCACCGUUAAUUGAUAUUAGUAACAAUGGAGUUUGUUGCUGCAGAGACUUUUUUACAUUGAUAUACUUGAGGGAGACAGAAGGAGGGGAGUUCCUUAUUUUCCCCUGUAUUUUUGAUUAUAAAUGAAAUAUGUUAUUGUUUCAAAUGUUGUCUUAACCUUGAUAUGUUUAUUUCCACAAAGGCAAACAGGGUUUGAUUAAAAUACAUACAAAUUAAUUGAAAUAAAAUGUUAAAUGUAUGUUAUGUUCAA